UCGCAUGUUUUUUUAAAAGUCAGUUCUUACUUCUCCGCAAAGGCUUCUCUUCUCUCCUUCCGCAAUCCCCUCCCAUCUCGCCGAGCCUAGGCGUCGUGCCUUGUGAUGAGAGUCGAACGAAAGGGAGAGCGAUCGAGAUCUGCUACUGAGGAUUGAUAUGAUCGUCUCGGCUCUUCUGACGUCGGUGGGGAUCAAUCUCGGAAUCAGCGUCCUCUUCUUCGCCCUCUACUCCGUGCUCCGGAAGCAGCCGUGCAACAUCAAAAUCUACGCUCCUCGACUCGUCGCCGAGGGCCGUGCCCAAGCGCCCGGGCGAUUUAGCAUUGAAACCUUACUACCUUCGGCCGGUUGGGUUCGUAAGGCAUGGCAACCCACCGAGGAAGACCUCUACAAUUCGUGCGGCCUCGAUGGAGUCGUCUUUGAUCGAAUCUUCAGUUUCAGCUUGAAGGUUUUUUCUCUUGCUGCAAUCAUAGGAGUAUUUGUUCUCCUUCCCGUUAAUUACUUGGGGGACCACCUUCGGGAUAUCGACUUUUCUGAUCUUCCCAACAAAUCUCUUGAUCUGUUCACCAUCUCAAAUGUAAACGAUGGCUCUAAUUGGUUAUGGUGUCAUUUUUCUGCAGCUUACAUAAUAACAGGUGUCAUGUGUUACCUUCUGUAUGCUGAGUAUAAAUAUAUAUCUGAGAAGAGAAUUGCAUACUUUAGUUCUUCAAAACCACAACCACAUCAUUAUACCAUUCUUGUUCGUGAUGUCCCUUUACAUGCUGGGAAUUCUAUAAAUGACACUGUUCGGGCAUUUUUUAUGGAGUAUCAUCCAUCAGAUUACUUGUCUAAUAUCGUGGUUUGUCGAACGAGCAAGCUUCAAGGUCUCAUAACUGAUGCGGAGAAUAUCUAUAGGAAACUCACCCACCUGAAAUCAAUUGCCAGUUCCUCAAGAAAUCAAAAUCGUAGUGGCUUCUUUGGACUGUUUGGAAAACGUGUUGAUCUUGUGCAUAAUUAUUCGAAGAAAUUGGAAGAUAUAGAACAAAAUGUCAGAUUAGUGCAAUCAGAUUCACGGGGAGAGGAAGUCCCUGCUGCCUUUGUUUCCUUCAAAUCUCGUUAUGGCGCAGCUAAAGCUCUUCACAUUCAACAAUCUGUCAAUCCGACUGAAUGGGUAACAGAACAAGCUCCUGAGCCUCACGAUGUGUAUUGGCCCUUUUUCUCUACAUCAUUCAUGCAAAGAUGGAUUUCGAAGUUAAUCAUCCUUGCAGCAUCUGUUCUAUUAAUAAUUUUGUUCCUUUUAGUUGUUGGCAUUGUUCAAAGUUUAACUUACUUGGAGCAAUUGGAGGCUUUGUUUCCAUUUUUGGGAAAAAUAUUGAAAAUAACUGUCGUCAGUCAGAUUGUAACAGGUUAUCUGCCUAGCCUCAUCCUUCACUUGGUGGCAGCUCUUAUACCGCCUAUCAUGAAGCUGUUCUCUGCAAUGCAAGGAUAUAUAGCCCUAAGUGAGAUUGAGAGAAGUGCAUGCAAUAAAAUGCUUUUGUUUACAAUAUGGUUCCUCUUUUUCGCAAAUGUGCUCACUGGAUCAGUUACAAGCCAAAUACAGUUAUUAUUUGAUCCAAAAACUAUUCCUUUAAUACUAGCUGUUUCUGUUCCUGCACAGGCUUCAUUUUUCAUUGCUUAUGUGGUGACAUCAUGGACUAGCUUAUCUUGGGCACUCAAUCGCACGAUCCCCCUUAUCAGUGAUCUCGUAACAAGACAUUUUAGCAAGAGCAAGGAUGAGCUUGACAUACCAUCGAUCCCAUACCACAGUGAAAUACCAAGGAUUCUAUUAUUUGUGCUCCUUGGCCUCACUUACUUCCUUUUAGCUCCAAUGAUAUUGCCAUUUAUAUUGAUCUUCUUCUGCAUGGGUUACAUUAUCUACAGGAAUCAGCUAUUUGAUGUGUAUCAACCUAAGUAUGACACAGGUGGCAGGUUUUGGCCUGUGGUGCACAACUCGAUGAUAUUCUCUCUUGUGCUUAUGCAUGUUAUCGCAUUUGGCAUAUUUGGGCUUAAGAAGCUACCCCUUGCCUCAGGCUUAAUUGUGCCACUUCCAGUGCUUACUUUUCUGUUUAAUGACUAUUGUCGAAAGCGCUUUCUUCCUGUUUUCAACAAUUUCUCUGCCGAGGUAUGUUUAGACUUUGAUAAAGAAAGAUCGAGAAGAUCUGAAUGAUCCAGCAAUGGAUGAGUUCUUUGACAAGCUCGUGACUGCAUACCGUGAUCCAGCAUUGAUGCCUAUUCGUCGUUUGAAUCUGAAUGACGAUCAUAGUUCUCCCCUACUCUCAUGAAAACGUUCAAGAACUUGAUACGAUAGCGCAUUUCUGGAGACAUAGUAGGUUUGGUUAGAGAUUCAGUUGGAUGUUUGUUUGCUAAGGUAGGAUGGUGCUUAUGUUCCUCAUUUGGCAAUUGUUGUACUAAGCAAUCUUAUUGUUCAUCCCGUUAUGUAUAACGAUCAUGUUCUUAUAAUAAAUAGAUUGUUAGUGGU